AUGUCAAUAGCCUCGAAUAUUCUGAAAAUAUUAAUCACGCAGGGAUGGGCGGACGCAAGCUUCCGCGGAAAUCCCCAGAUACCAACCCCAAACUUGGAUGUUUUGGCAUCGUCGGGAGUUAUCCUGAACAACUACUAUGUGCAGCACCUCUGCACGCCUUCAAGAGGAGCUCUCAUGACUGGCCUCUACCCAAUACACACAGGUUUGCAGCAUGGUAUUCCUCACGUGGCGCAACCAUGGGGCUUGUCGCCCAACUUCACCAUCAUGCCUCAGUACCUGAGUGAGCUCGGCUACACAAGUCACAUAAUUGGAAAAUGGCAUCUAGGAUAUUACAAGAAAAUUUACACGCCAACGUACAGGGGAUUUGAUUCCUUCUAUGGCUUCUACAACAAUGGUGAAGACUAUUACAGGCACGAAAUCUACUUGGAAUAUAAAAACGAAAGCUUCGUUGGGCUAGACUUUUGGGAUGACACAACGCCCGUUCGUGACAAAGGGGGCGUUUACGCAACAAGGCUAUACACGAAGAGAGCGAUUUCCCUGAUCAAGGAUCACGAUAAAAACAAGCCCUUAUUCUUGUACAUGCCACACCAGGCCGUCAACGGUGGGGACGCCGAGUUUGGGUACAAAACUCCUGCGUCCGCCAUGGAACAUUUCCCCUACAUUCAAGACUUGAACAGGACCAUGCUUGCAG